CGAAGAAGAACAACAACAACACGGAAGGGAGUUUGUUUUGGUUUUGAACAUUCUUUCCUCGUGGACGAAGCCAAACACUCAAGGGGGUGAAUAACCACAAAAAAUGUCUAAAUUACAGUCUUUGAAUGCGUUUCUUUCUGAGCGUUUAACGGCGGUGACCGUGGAGAUUUUUCGGGCAGUUGAGAAAGUGGUAGAUGAGUACCAGGAGGAGAUCUCCCGAUCUAAAGAGGAGAAUGAUCGGCUAUGGAGACUGCUAUGGAUCACACCGGAGUUAAAACGAAGUACAAUAGACUCCCAGCAGCUCUCUCUCCCCGUCUCUGAAGAGGAGGUUCCCCCUGAGCAGCAGCAGCACUGUGAGUAAGAGUGGUGCUCCAGUAUGGGGCAGGACCCAGAGCCCACACAGAUUAAAGAGGAACAGGAGGAACUCAUGACUAGCCCUGAGGAAGUGCAGCUUCAAGGGCAAGAAGAGUUCAUGUGCAUUUCUCACUGUGUGAAAAGUGAAUGGGAUCAGGAGGAUCCACUUCAGUCCUCAUCUCUUCCCAAAACCCAGACUGUGGAGAACAGAGAGAGUCUAAACUCUAAACUAGUGGAUCUAAAAUAUUUUGGCGCUGUCACCCACCUAAAGUGUUUCGACAUUCCCUGUGACCCUCCAGAUAAUCUAAACAAUUCCUCCAGUUGCAGCUCAGACAUAAGCAGCGACUCAGUAGGACUUUACAGCAGUGCACCAUUGGAUCCCGAUCCACCAGUGGGAGAACACUGUUCAGAAUGUAGCACCACGUCUAAAAAAUCUCACUGCUGCUGUGACUGUGGCGAAGCAUUUGCUCUGAAAGCUGGCCUACAGAGACAUGUCACUCUUGCAAGGGAGAAACCCAGCGAAUGCCCCUUCUGCAAAAACUGCUACAAUUCCACCUGUCAACUGAAGGCCCAUGUCCCACACUGUCAGCCUGUAAAAACCCGCCCUGCUGCAGCUCUUCAGUACAACCAAGAAGAGUAUGUACAUCAACUACCUCCGAACACAGCAGGGCCAGCCAAAACUAAACGCCGGGCACUGGUUGGACCACCUCUGAUCAUGCCAAAGAUACCUGCACAGAGGCAGCUAUUCACCAAAGCACCAGCUGUCUGUGGCACCAGUGGUGGUCUGGUUGUUCAAGUCCCAUCUGUCUCUGGACAGUGCUUCAUGCAAUUUGUUCCCCAGGUGACGUUCCAGACAACACUCACUGUUACCACAACAGCUUCAUCCGUGACCAUACCCACCCACAGAAAGCGCCGUGCCUACAAAAGGAAAGUCAGUAGCAACACAUGCCAAAAAUGUGGGCAGUUCAGAACCAAGCAGACUGGGCACAGCCAAUGUAAAGGGACUGUUUACUGCCCACAAGCAGAGACUCUCUCCAAAGAGGAGUGGUUGGAGACAAUGCGCAGGCAGCAGCAGUGAGAAACUCACUAUUUAUGCCACAUAAUUUCAUCGUUUUCUCAUAACAUUAGCACAUAUGUUUUAACUUUUUUACCUAUUGCAUUGUCCAUGUGUCUCUUUUUAUUGUAGUGCAUUGCUGUGUUUUGGCAACUUGGCCAGGCAGUUAUUGCAAAUGAGAACUGGGUCCAGGAGAGAAAUCAUUAAGCUGUGGUGACUGCAGAUAAAGCUUAAAUCGGAAGGGGAACCUAACCCAACAUAUACGGAUUCACACAAUAUUUUUUUGUUGUUGCUGUGGUGACUGCAGAAAAGCUUCAAUCACAAGGGGCCCCUGACGAUACUGACUCGCACAACAUUAGCCAAUGAACAAUUCCUGGUCAAAUGUUUUGGAAUGUCUCUUAGGGUGAUGAGAAAAUGGUCAGACUGAUGUUAUUAUAUACAUUCCAGAAGAGGUCUGAGUAUUUCUCUUCCAUUUUCACCUAAUGCUCAUUCAUGAUAUACAAUAGACUUCUGUAAAGUGCAAACAAUUUUUCUAUGCAUGUGCACUGCAGUUGUUCAGUCCCAAUUCGAUUAUAUUCAUUUUAAUUGCUUCUGAUAAACAUCCAUCCAAGUUAAUGCAAAAAAAGUAUCAUACUUUAUUUGUUGGAUUUAUUUGACAUUUUAUUUAUUUAACCAUUUAAAAACAAUACAACCACAUGUGGAUACAAUGCAUUUAAAAUCAUUGAGGAAGACAACUUUUAAAAACAUAUUUAACAUUUUAAAAAUGUAUUUCAAUUUUGGCCCUCUUGAUGAAAACAAAAUAUAUACACAAGAUUGUAUCAUGAAAACAAAAUACAUAAUCUCAUCAAUAGGGAGGUAACAACUUUUUCUUACCCUGUUCUCUCUUAUUAAAACAAUUAUCACCCUGUUACAUUACUUUUUGCCCUCUAUGUGGUUAUCUGUAGUAAAACCCGAUCCACCAGGGGGCGACAACUUUUGUUUCUGGGUUCGCCAUACCCACUCAUAAGAAUAUAAGAUGAAGACAACACGGAUGUAGAACGGGGAGAGCGAGUUUGGUUUUUGAACAUUCCUUCUUCGUGGACGAAUUCUAGACUAAUUAGGUGAAUAAAACCAGAGGAAGAGGCUCUUUUGACAAUAAUAAUACGACUACUAUAAGUCUACUAAAAAUGUCUAAAUUACAGUAUUUGAAUUCGUUUCUUUCUGAGUGUUUAACGGCGGCGGCAGUGGAGAUUUUGGGGGCAAUUGAGAAAGUAGUAGCUGAGUACCAGGAGGAGAUCUCCCGAUCUAAAGAGGAGAUUGAUCAUCUACGGAGACAGUUGAGGAUUACACCGGAGAUAAAACAACGUAGAACAGCCUCCCAGCAGCUCUCUCUCCCUGUCUCUGAAGAGGUUCCCCUUGAGCAACAACACUGUGAGCAGGAGUGGUGCCCCAGUCGGGGACAGGAGGAACCAGGGCCCUCACAGAUUAAAGAGGAACAGGAGGAACUGAGGACCAGCCAGGAGGAAGAGCAGUUUCAAGGGUUGGAGGGUAAUACCAUAGAGUUUAUAUUUAGUGGUCCCUGUGUGAAAAGUGAGGCCUUCAGCCACAGCUCAGCUGUAAUUAGUGACCAAGUAAACAGGCCACCAUUGGAUCCCAAACCACCAUUGGGGGCACACUGUUCUAAACUCAGCACCAUGUCUAAAAAAUCUCACUACUGCUGUGACUGCGGCAAAGUAUUUGCUCUGAAAGCUGACCUUCAGAGGCAUGUGACUCUUGCCAGGGAGAGACCCAUUGAAUGCCCCUACAACUCCACAGGUAAACUGAAGGCCAAUGUCCCACUCUGUCACAGUGGGAAACCCUGCCCUGUUUGUGGCAAGACCUUUAAAAACAAAGAACAUCUAUCCCAGCACAUGAGGAUUCAUACACGGGAGAGGCCAUUUAGCUGUGGUGACUGCGGAAAAAGCUUCUAUAGCAAGGGGCUGCUGAACGUGCAUAUACAGACUCAUAAAGGAGAGAAACCAUUUAUCUGUGGAUACUGCGGGAAAAGCUUCUAUCAGAAGGGGAACCUAAACCAACAUUUACGGACUCACACAGGAGAGAAACCAUUUAGCUGUGGUAACUGCGGAAAAAACUUCAGUCGAAAAACACACCUGAACAGGCAUAUGCUGACUCACACAGGUGAGAAACAGCAUGGCUGUUCUGUGUGUGGUAGAAGAUUCGCUGAAAAUUCUGACCUGCUGAAGCAUGUGGAUAAAGUCCACAAAUAACAAACAGGAUCAAAACCGAAUGGAGAAAGACAAUGAGGACACAGACAUCUGUCAGAAGAUGGGAAUAAAAAGGCAGGAUGUGGACAAAACUCUUAGGAAAGCAUUGCCACACUGGAUCAUUCAUGCUGUUUGGAUAUGCAUUGAAAUGAUUUAAUCAUUAAAUUAUGGUGGAUAUA